CGUGCGGGUGCUUGAGCCGCUGGCAGCGGGAGGGGGACUGGCGGCGGAGUGGAGGGCACCAGAGCCCCUCUCCCUGGCAGUUCACAACGGCGGCCGCAUCCUCGCCGUCGCCAGCCGCUCCCGCCUCACCCUGCUUGCCGUACAGCCACACACCGGUGCCGUACAACAGCUGUCGUACAUUCAACUCUCCGCACAGCUCUCGGCACUGACACUGUGCAGCCUGCCGCCGCACCUAAUCCCGCCUCCGUCAUCUUCACCUUCACCUUCCUCGUUAACGUCAUCGUCAGCUGAAGCAGCAGCGGCGGCGGCGGUAGCGGGAGAAGUUGGAGAGCCGGCGGC